AUGCAUUUAUCACAGAAACUUCUUGAUUCUGGGCGUACUGUCAUCACUGACAAUUAUUAUACAAGUUUGGAGUUGGCCAACAAAUUGCUGGACAAAAAAACACAUUUAGUAGGAACUCUAAGAGAAAAACGCAGAGGAAAUCCUAUGGAGGUAACUAACAAGAAACUUAAGACUGGGGAGAUUGUUGCAAAAGAAAACGAACGGGGUAUAUGUAUUAUGAAGUGGAAAGAUAAGAGGGGUGUGCUCUUGUUGUCCACCAAGCAUACACAUGAAACUGUAAUGGUGCAUAAACGGGCUGGAGAUGUAGAAAAACCUAUAGCAGUCUUAGAAUAUAACAAAGCAAAAAGUUCAAUUGACUUAUCAGAUCAAAUGGCUAGUUAUUAUAGUGCGCUUAGAAAAACAGUAAAGUGGUAUAGGAAAAUUGCAAUAGAUUUGAUAUUUGGAACUGCUCUGGUAAAUGCCCAUUUUCUUUAUAAAGCCAUAAAUAAUAGGUCAGUUUCCAUUACCGAAUUCAAAGAGAGUAUCGUAGAGAGUCUCAUGUUUCAAAGAAAUGAAACUAGUCAACCGUCUGUGUCCGACACAAGACGAGAACGUCAUGUACUGAAAAAGAAAGAGGGAAAAUCACAUGAAAUAAGAAAAUAUUGUAAAGGAUGUUACAGUAAAAAAACAAGGGGUGAAAUACAAAAAAACAAAGUGCCAAAAGUAGUGGUAGUUGCGAAGGGAAUCCUCAUUUUUGCCUCGAGUGUUUUGGAACAAAUCAUAAAUAACAUACUGCUUUGUAUCCGUUUAUAA